AGAAUUUUGGGAGCUCUCACUGUUUGUGAUCACUGUAUUUGUGUUCACAUACACUGUAUCCACAAAUAUCAACUUCUACUGAGAUUCUUUUGUGGCAAAAAUCACUAUCUGUAAAGUAAAAGCCACCGCAUUUCUUAGAUUGACACGAUCCUUUAGAUUAAAUGGGUGAAAUGCUUUCAAAUAGAAAUUGUGAGCAUUCCACAUUUAAACAAAGUAUCUUAGGAGAUGGAGGGCCACAUAAAGUACUUUUCUCAUAUUCUGUUUUUGAAAUUACUUCUGAAUAUUUUGUUUGAGAAAACACUCUAUCAUUCAGAUAGAAAGAAGCACGUUGCUGAAGAAAAUGCUUUUUUCUUUAAAGAAACUUAAGAAAUGGAUAGAAAUGGCGUUUUUGUUUCAGUUUUUUUUUAAUAGAUGUAAAAUAUCUUUCAAUCCACUACAUACAACGUUCUGCUUCUGGAUUCAGCCUGCUUUCUUAAAAAUGGCACCAACAGCACAGAGAGAUCUCAAGGGGUUACUAUGAACAAGUGCUAUGAGAAACCACCAAUCUUCCGAAACGCAAGUGUAUCUUUAUGUUGAAAGUUGUUCUUUGAAAUAAUUAAAGAGAGCUCUAUAUCGUAUGAAAGGUUUAUUAUUAACUGUUACGUUAUCUGUAAUUACUAUCAGUACCUUCUAAUGUAGGAUAUCAGUACCUUCAUUUGGAUCUUCAAGGUUUCCACUGUUUGUUUUUUGUCCUGGAGAAAACCUUGGGUUAACGAUAUGCCAUUUCAGAAGAUGUAUUUCUAGAAGUUCAAGUUGCCAGUCCACCAGUCUGGGAUCGAGGCUGUGUCAAGAUCAUGAAAUUCUUAGUGUUAGUCGCCUUUGUUGGUGUGGCUGUUGCCUUCCCCAUCAGUGAUGAGGAUGAUGACAAGAUUGCGGGAGGCUACAGCUGUGCAAGGAGUGCCGCACCCUACCAGGUGUCUCUGAAUUCUGGAUGUCACUUCUGUGGAGGCUCUCUCAUCAGCAGCCAAUGGGUGCUGUCAGCUGCUCACUGCUACAAGUCUUCCAUUCAAGUGAAGCUUGGGGAAUACAACCUGGCAGCCCAAGACGGCAGCGAGCAGACCAUUAGUUCAUCUAAAGUCAUCCGUCACUCUGGCUACAAUUCCAACACACUGAACAAUGAUAUCAUGCUCAUCAAGCUUUCCAAAGCAGCCACACUCAACUCCUACAUCAACACAGUUCCUCUGCCUACCAGCUGUGUGACCGCUGGAACAACGUGCCUGAUCUCUGGAUGGGGCAACACACUCAGCAGCGGCUCUCUGUAUCCAGAUGUCCUGCAGUGCCUGAAUGCCCCUGUACUCUCCUCAAGCCAGUGCAGCAGGGCUUACCCUGGUAGAAUUACCAGUAACAUGAUAUGUAUAGGAUACCUGAAUGGAGGAAAAGACUCCUGCCAGGGGGAUUCCGGUGGUCCAGUAGUCUGCAAUGGUCAGCUUCAGGGUAUUGUUUCCUGGGGCUUUGGAUGUGCACAAAAAGGUUAUCCUGGUGUUUACACUAAGGUUUGCAAUUAUGUUUCCUGGAUUAAAACGACUAUGUCUUCCAACUGAGACACUCAUUUUACGUGACCUGCUUUUCCUCCUCCUCAUUUCCUUCUGCUUUGGAAUUGGAUGUACACACCUUCACAAAAAAUAAACAUUUUCAGGCAGCCCUUCU